AACAGCGAAGACGACAACUGUUUGCCGGGAUUCAGACGCAACCGAUGGUCGCGAGAGUGCGAAGACAUCAACGAAUGCGAGACCGAGUAUAUGCCGUGUCGUCGGGAACAGAGCUGUCGUAAUACAGUCGGCAGUUAUGUCUGUUAUUGUCAGGCCGGUUAUAUCAAAGAUGGUGUGACCGGAGAGUGUAAAGAUGUGAACGAAUGCCAAUUGGGAACUCAUACCUGUCAUCACACACUUCGCUGCGACAACACUAUCGGCUCUUUCCAUUGCGUUCGUGUGCAGGACUGCGGCACCGGUUAUACCAUUAACGCCGAAACAGACUUAUGCGAAGACAUCAACGAAUGCGAAGUCGGAAUCGAUAACUGCGGCCAAGACUUCAGGUGCAGAAACAUUGACGGCUCGUUCAAAUGCGAUCGCGUCACGUGUCCGUACGGCCAGCACUUGACUAUGGAUGGCAACUGUCGGCCAAAUGAAUGUGAGGGCGGAAAAAUGUUUAAUAACACUUACAACAGGUGUGUCGAUAUCAACGAGUGUCUGAACCAGCCGUGCGCUGCCAACCAGAAGUGUAUCAACACUGUUGGCAGUUAUCGGUGUACACACUAUUGCACGCCUGGCUAUCAGCCCACCAAAUAUGGCAAUGCGUGCGAAGACAUCGACGAGUGCGUUGAGGGGACCCACGAGUGCACAGGAAUGCAAAUCUGUCGCAACAGACCCGGCAAUUACAUCUGCGAGUGUCCGUUAGGCUAUAUUCUCAAUCAGAACCGCGAUUGCGAAGACAUCAACGAAUGCACGCGCUAUGGCUCCACCGUCUGUUCGCCGGACACUUCCAGUUGUGUCAACACAAUCGGUUCCUAUCGGUGCCAAUGCAAGCAUGGCUUCGAGGAGGACGGCUCUGGACGCUUCUGCACAGACAUCGACGAAUGCAAGUCCGGCCACCGAUGCUCUGACCGGUGCUUCAAUACGUGGGGAUCGUAUCAGUGUUCGUGCGAAUCAGGAUUUAAGAUAUCGACGGAUAACAGGACUUGCGUUGACGUCGACGAGUGCGACGAAUUUGAGAAGAAGGAUGUGUCCAAAGAGUACUAUCUCUGUGUGGGAAAGUGUCACAACACUCCCGGUUCCUUCCGGUGCUCCUGUCCUGUAGGGUAUAGACUCGGAACUGAUGAGAGGACGUGUCAGGACAUUAACGAAUGCGAAGAAAGCAAUCAAUGCAGAGGAGAUGACCAGAUCUGUCUCAAUACGAGGGGAAGUUUCAAAUGUAAUCGCAUUGAGUGUCCGAAUGGCUAUGAAAGAGACACAACACAUAAAAGUCGAUGUAAGAAAACUCACGGAACAGCCGUUUGCACGGAUCAGACGUGCAUUUCGGAAGACUUGAGAGACCCGAUGGCCUAUACUUACAACUAUUUGACGUUCACAUCAAACAUGACAAUCCCGUCGACCGGUUAUCUCGACUUAUUCACGAUGAGAGGACCGGUGCUGUCGGUGACCACUGUUCAGUUCGAGCUGAACCUCAACUCAGCCACCAUUGGUAAGUACGGCGUCCCUCCGGCCACAAAAGACUUCUUCCAAAUGAGGCGAACCGCGUAUAACGAGGCGAUGGUGUCGUUGACUAAACCAAUAGUGGGUCCGCAAGACAUUGAAUUGGAUUUAGAAGUGAAGCUCUAUCACGGCGGCACUUAUGGCGGUUCCGCUAAAGCCAUACUUUACAUCUAUAAUCUGUUGACAAUCGUAGCGUUUGAGAAGAAUCGCCAAAUCGGCAGCAGUUCUGCCAUUAAUGUCCUUCAAAUCAAUGUCGGCCCCGAAAUCCAACAGCAAUCGUAUGGUCUGAAUUACGGCGUCCCUCCGGCCACAAAAGACUUCUUCCAAAUGAGGCGAACCGCGUAUAACGAGGCGAUGGUGUCGUUGACUAAACCAAUAGUGGGUCCGCAAGACAUUGAAUUGGAUUUAGAGGUGAAGCUCUAUCACGGCGGCACUUAUGGCGGUUCCGCUAAAGCCAUACUUUACAUCUAUGUCACUGAAUAUAGCUUUUAA